AUGGCAGCCGCAGCUCUCUUGAUCAUCUUCUCCUUAAUCGUCAUCUCCGUACGUUCUUAUGCAGACACUCGACUCGAUCUUGUUGCCCGUUCAUGCGAGACGACCACGGUGCAGAACAAGGAUGAUUACUUGAAGAAUUACGAGUCCAUCCUUCAAAAGAUGGAACCGGAGAUGUAUCGUAACAAGUUUGCGUUUAAUGAAGCCGGAAAGCCGCCUGAUAAAAUUUACGUGUUAUCGCAGUGCAUGAAUGAUCUCUCGAGCGUUGAAUGCGCCCAAUGCUUUGCGAGGAUCAGUAAUAUUUUACCGGCUUGUUUUCCGACCACCGGCGGUCGUGUUUAUCUUGACGGUUGCUUUAUAAGGGCCAACAAUUAUAGUUUCUAUAGGGAAGUCACUGCAAAUGGUGAUAUCAAUAGAUGCAGCGAUGAUAUCGACACCGACGAAGAUUUCAAGAUGGUAUUGAGAGACAUGUUGCCCAGGAUGGUUCACAAGGCUCCCGACAAAAAAGGGUUUGCCUUGUUCCAAGAGUCGAGGAAUGGGACCACGGUUCAUGGGAUGGCUCAGUGCUGGAAAAUCUUGGAUAAGGAAAUGUGCUCCUCUUGUCUCGCCGAUGCCGUCGACCUCGUCUUCCGGUGCGUGCCCUCUAAGGAAGGUCGGGCGCUCAAUGCUGGCUGCUUUUUGCGUUAUUCCACUUAUGAUUUCGGUCAUGACACCAAUGCUGGUGCAGUCCGAUAUGCCAUAAUAUCGUUCAUAAUUUACAUCUUUUUAACGGCUGUGGUCUGCACAUUGGCCGUUGCCAUUGGACUGCGUUUGGGGAAAAUGGCUUACAAACAGAUGAAUCCUCGACGUGAAUGGAAAGGGAAAGAGGUGGACCUGGCCGCACUGGAUCAGGCCAUGAAAUUCUUGCAGUUCAAGUUUUCAACUCUAGAGAAAGCAACUGAUUGCUUCAAUGAAGCUAACAAGCUCGGCUCUGGAGGAUAUGGUGAAGUAUUUAAGGGAACAUUACCAGAUGGAAGAGAAAUUGCAGUAAAACGAUUAUAUGUAAAUGGAAGGAAUCGAAGUAGAGAAAUAUACAAUGAAAUGGAUGUCAUCAGUAAAGCCCAACAUAAGAACUUGGUUCGUUGCCUUGGCGGUUGCUUUACCAUUAUUGAGAAUUUCCUCGUCUAUGAAUACCUUGCUAACAAAAGCCUCGACAGCAUCUUAUUUGAUCCUGAGAAGAAGAAAGAGUUAGAUUGGGGAAAAAGGCAGAAAAUAAUUAUGGAAACAGCCGAAGGUUUGGAAUAUCUACACAAAGGUUGCGAAGUUCGGAUCAUUCAUAGAGACAUCAAGGCCAGUAACAUCUUGUUGGACAUCAAAUUCCGACCCAAAAUCGCGGAUUUCGGCCUCGCCAGGCUCUGUUCCCGCGAUUCCGAUAGGAUUUCCCUCGUCAACAACACUGUGGCCGGUACUUUCGGAUACAUGGCUCCCGAAUACAUAGCCAAAGGAAGAUUAACUGAAAAAGUGGAUGUUUAUAGUUUUGGAGUUCUAAUGCUCGAAAUCAUCAGUGGAGUUAAAAACACCAAAAUCGAAUCCGACAAUUAUUUCGAAACCUUGGUGACUGAUGCAUGGAGGCAUUUUCAAUCAAACACAACAACAAAAAUCAUCGAUGAAAGCUUGAAUCCGGAGGAUCAAAUUGAAGAAAUAAAGAGACAAAUCCAACUGGGUUUGCUGUGCACACAAGCGGAGCCAACUUUAAGACCAAAUAUGUCCAAAGUUCUUCAGAUUUUAAGACAUAAAGACAUGGAUUUGCCUUCCCCGACUAAACCUCCAUUUUUGGAUGAAUCUCUUAUUUUAUCUGCUUCUAGCUUCAAUACUCUUCCAUCAAAAUCCCAGACCAAUAUUAAUUUUCCAGAAAAAUCCCAAACCAAUGAUAAUUUACAUAGACAUGAUCAACAAGAUUAUUCUAAUUUGUAA